AUGGUGUGCAUGAACUGCGCGACGGUAGGCGUCACCGCCAGCGUGAACUGCUGGCCCAGCGACUCCACGCCGGCCGCGGAGUCCUGGAGUGCAGGAAAUGGCACGUGUAGCAGCGUGGGAUCGACGACGAGAACCAAACAUUCCGCCUCAUCAUUGGAACACUGCGCCAACCGCAGCGAGAUCUGGACAGGCAUCCAGAGGUCCGCGUACAGGUCUUGCAGGGAUUGCAAGAGCUCGAUGUUCUUCGCCGUCUCCUCGGCGUUCACAUCCAGCACAAUCUGCGACGCCUCCACUGAAUUCGCGUGGCUCCUACGUGCAAUGGAACUCAACGACGACGCAAUGAUAGACACGCGGCGACCCGUGUGCGACGGCUGCGGUGUCUCGGCCUCAGACAAUAUUGGCUGA